AGAGCUAUUUACUGUGUAAGCAAACUAGUCCUAAAAUCUACUUUUUUUUCCUGCAACUUUACUACCUACAUACUAAAUAUCUAAUGAUAUUAAGCCUGGAUUGAAUGUAUGUACAUUGCUUAAAAAUCAUUCCUUAUAAAGAACUCUUCUGUGUUCCUUCCUUGUGUAUUUUAACAUCAUUGAAGUUCUCUGAAAAACAUGUUUAUUUUCCUUGGGUAAUUUUUGUAUGACUUCACAGCUCUCUGUGGGUGUGGGUUAAGGUUGUAAAGGCUUCUAAACAUGCCUUCACUUGCAUUUCUUUUCAGUGACUAUUGUCUUCUGUCCUUUUUCCUGAUCAUUACUUUCCUGGAUUCCUGUACAGGUCAAGACGCAGUCUCUACAUGCCACAACUUGACUCAUGACUCCUGAAUAUUGUCAUGGAAAUGCACAACUUUGAGGAUGAGUUAACGUGUCCCAUUUGUUAUAGUAUCUUUGAAGAUCCUCGUGUACUACCAUGCUCUCACACAUUUUGUAGAAACUGUUUGGAAAAUGUUCUUCAGGCUUCUGGUAACUUUUACAUAUGGAGACCUCUGCGAAUUCCAAUCAAGUGUCCUAACUGCAGAAGUAUUAUUGAAAUUGGUUCAACUGGCAUAGAAUCUUUACCUGUAAACUUUGCAUUAAGAGCAAUUAUUGAAAAGUACCAGCAAGAAGACCACCCAGAUGUUGUCACCUGCCCUGAACAUUACAGGCAACCAUUAAAUGUUUAUUGUCUACUAGAUAAAAAAUUAGUCUGUGGGCAGUGUCUUACUAUAGGCCAACAUCAUGGCCAUCCUAUAGAUGACCUUCAGAGUGCCUAUCUCAAAGAAAAGGAUACACCUCAGAAAUUGUUUAAACAGCUAACUGACACGCACUGGACAGAUAUCACUCGUCUUAUUGAAAAGCUUGAAGAACAGAAAUGCCAUUCUGAGAAAAUGGUUCAAGGUGAUAAAGAAGUUGUCCUCCAGUAUUUUAAGGAGCUUACUGAUACAUUAGAACAGAAAAAAAAAUUUUUUUUAGCAGCUCUCUGUGAUGUUGGCAAGCUGAUAAAUCAAGAAUACACUCCACAGAUUGAAAGAGUGAAGGAGAUAAGGGAGCAACAACUUGAGUUAAUGACAGUGACCACAUCAUUACAAGAUGAGUCUCCACUUAGGUUUCUUGAGAAAAUCGAUGAUGUCCGCCAGCGUGUGAAGAUGUUGAAACAAAGACCACUUCCUGAGGUCCAGCCUGUUGAAAUUUAUCCCCGAGUAAGCAAAGUAUUAAAAGAAGAGUGGAGCAGAACAGAAAUUGGACAUAUUAAGAAAGCUGUCGUUCCUGAAAUGAGAAUUUCUUCGAAAAGGAUGCCAUCAUGUUCCUGGCCUGAUAAAGAUGAAAAAGAAAUUGAAUUUUUUAAAAUUUUAAACAUUGCUAUAGUUUCACUAAUUUCAGUGAUACUGAUGUUGAUACUCUUUUUCAACCAUCACAUAAUAACCUUCUUAAAUGAAAUCACUUCAAUAUGUUUCUCUGAAGUUUCUCUGUCUGUUUACCAAAGUUUAUCUAAGAAUUUAUAUGACUUUAAAAAUAUGGUAUGCUACACUUGGUAUUUGUUAAAGGAAUUCAUGUGGAAAAUAGUUUCUCGUUGAAAACCUAAAUCAGCAGUUUUAUGUAUUCUUAUUCUGUAUAGCAGAGGCUAUACUCACUGCUUGAUGGAAAAGUCAGGUUAUCAUUAAGUAGCAACUAUAAGGUUACAGCUAAUAUAUAGAAAUACGACAAACUUUCCAUGGUUGGGUAGAAGUACUAUCAGAAGUGAGACAUCUGAAAGAUAAUUCAAAUUAGAAAAUUGUAAGUUUUGAUUUGAAUAUUAAUACCAUAUCCUGUUCUUAUUGGCUUGAUAGUGAAUCAGUGUCUUAAAUAUUCCUGCUUAACAAGAUUUGUUUUACUGUUACAUGCUGCAGUGGUUAA